AUGAACUCGGCGGCUUCAUCCCAUCAGCCAGACGCGUCGGGCGAGGCUCCCAAACAGCUCAACUAUCUUCCAUACCUGAAGCUGAAUGAUGGCAACCAAAUCCCAAUGCUUGCAUACGGCUUGGGCACAGCUCAAUGCCGAAGGGGUGGUGAUGUCGACCCAAAACUGGUUGAAAUCACCAAGAUUGCUCUCAAAAAGGGCUACAACCACUUGGAUGGCGCCGAAGUCUAUGGUAACGAGGAGGAGCUCGGCCAGGCUGUGAAAGAGUCUGGCCUACCCCGCGAGAGCCUCUUCAUCACCACCAAGACAUCCUGCAGACCUGGAGUCACCGCCCAACAGAGCCUGGAUGCCUCACUCAAGCGCCUGCAGCUCGACUACGUCGAUCUGUUCCUGAUUCACAGUCCUUUUUGGGCCAAGUCGCCCGAGGAGUUGCAGGCCAAGUGGGCCGAGGUGGAAACCCUCAAGGAGUCCGGCAAGGCCAAAUCCAUCGGCGUCUCCAAUUUUCUGGAGGAACAUCUGGAGACCAUCCUCAAGACGGCCAAGGUCCCGCCCGCCAUUAACCAGAUCGAGUACCACCCGUACCUCCAACACGGCGAUCUGCUCGACUAUCAUCGCAAGAAGAACAUCGCAACCUCGGCGUACGGCCCCUUGACGGCCAUCACGAAUGCCAAAGGGGGACCUGUCGAUGGCAAAUACGACGAGCUGGCGAGAAAAUACGGCGUCACGCCGGGUGAGAUUGCGCUACGAUGGUGUAUUGACCAAGGAAUCGUUGCCAUCACGACCAGUGCAAAAGAGGACCGUCUGGAGGCGUUGCAGAAGAGAAUCCCAAGCUUCAAAUUGACGCCCAAGGAAGUCCUGGAAAUCUCGGAGCUGGGCAACCAGAAACACCAUCGCGGCUUUUGGAACAACAAGUUUGCGGCGGACGAUCGGCGUUGA